AUGCGUCUUGCUGACGGGGCUUCAGCCAAUGAAGGGCGAGUCGAGGUGAACUACCAAGGAUCAUGGGGUACAAUCUGUAAUGACUCUUGGGAUAUCAAAGACGCUACCGUCGUUUGUCGAAUGCUAGGUUACCCUGGAGUCUCUUCUGCAAUGGUGAGUUUCGGAGAAGGCACUGGUAAUAUCAUCCUCGACAACGUCGGAUGUGAAGGGUCAGAAACGCACAUCGCACAAUGCACACAUGGCUCCUAUGAGAUACAUAACUGCGAGCAUUCUGAAGACGUUGGAGUUAUAUGCAUCGGAGUAGCUGAACUCAAGGUUCGCCUUGUAGGCGGUCCGGAUGAGAGCCAAGGUCGUGUUGAGUUGUUCUACUUCGGAUCAUGGGGUACUGUCUGCAGCUACGGAUGGACCUCAUAUGACUCGGAAGUGGUCUGCAGAAUAGCAUAA